AUGGCUGCACAAUUAUCGCGACAUACGCUCCGCCAGCUACGGUUUGUCGUCCCAGGGGGCGCGGUCACGUACUGGCUUCACACACUUGAAGAGCUGCGCACGAUGUGGUACGGUGCACGAGGGUGGUCACGGCCGCUCGUACUCACAUCGGUGCUAUCCGGCCUGCUGACAGUGACGUUGUUCAUCUAUAUUCUGCUUAUCCCUGUCAUCAAAGGUAUACCGCCAAAUUAUCGAUCCUGGCGUCAGUCAGGGGAGCUAUCCUCAGUCAUACCCAUCCUUACAGCUUCCAUGAUCAUCGGGUGGUCGAUACUCUCUUUCCUCCUAGGGCGGUACUCAAGCCUAGGAUAUGUACAAGGCAUCAUAGGAUCAUCCGGUCUCUACGCUCUUGCCUUUGGAAUCAUGGGCCUUCUGCCAGCUCCUCGUGUCCGAUCUCCCUGA